UUCAGGAUAGCGGUAUCAGAAAACAGAAAGGAUGUGGAUGUUCACUAACACCAAAACCCAUUUGGAAACUCCACCAAAACAGCACCAUAUGUGAUAUCUGCAAAAAGAUGGAAAACCACACCAGAUAUGACGGCUUCAUUCUCUUGGGCUUCCUGAUUGGGCACGAAGCAAAGAUUCUGCUGGCAACAGUCCUAAUAGCUGUGUACCUAUUGACCAUAUUUGGCAACACAAUAAUUCCAAUCGUCAUCAUCACCCAUAGUCGCCUCCACACACCCAUGUACUUCUUCCUUGGCAACCUUUCUGUGUUGGAUGUUGCUUUUUCAACAGUGACUGUUCCCAGUUUGCUAAGGACUCUUCUCUCUGGAGUCAAGACUAUCUCCUUUGCUGGCUGCAUGACCCAAUCCUACUUCUAUUUCUUCCUGGGCACAUUGGAGUACUUCCUCUUGACUUCCAUGUCUUACGACCGAUAUGUCGCCAUAUGCAUUCCACUGCAUUACUCCAUCAUCAUGAACAGCCGUGUUUGUGUCCAAAUGGUGUUGGUUUGCUGUUUGGGUGCAUUUGUUUCUGUCCUCUACCCAACCAUCAUGAUCACCAGGUUCUCCUUUUGCAAGUCCAAUGUUAUUGACCACUUUUUCUGUGACAGCGAGCCUCUGUUAAAGCUGUCCUGUACUGACACGCGUCUGCUACAGAUAAUCACCUUUAUGUUAUCAUCCAUCGUCAUUCUCUGCUCUUUAGUCCUGACCAUUAUUUCCUAUAUUUACAUUGUCUCUGCCAUAUUGCACAUACCCAGAGACGCUGGUCGGAUGAAGGCCUUCAACACCUGUGCAUCACACCUCACCUUGUUCCUAAUGGCCACAAGUGUCUCAGUUUUACUGUAUGUGAUUCCAGCUGAAAAAUCUGCAUUGGGGGCCCGCAAAAUCCCAGCUUUGCUCAGCAGCAUAGUCAACCCAUUUCUGAGCCCUUUUGUUUAUACCCUGAGGAACGACUUGGUCAAGGAAGUCCUUGGAGCAAUGUUUGGCAGAGGCAAAACAAUAGUGGUGCAAAAGAUGGGAAAGUGGAUUGUGAAUCGUGCUUAA